CGACACUCGAGUUGCCCCAGCCUCCUCUCGGGCUCAUCACUUACAUAUCCACAUCGACGACCUGAACGCAGCCCCGCGAAUAAACGGAUUGCUGAAUCGGAUGGAACUUCCUGGAUCCCAGCACACUCUCCCGCUCUCAAAAGGUUGAGCGAUCCGCUUCUGACGUGCAAGGCCCGAACAUGUCGCACAUCGAUAUGGAAGACGAUGAGGCGGCUGCGAACGCCGCCAUGAUAUCGAAUGAGGAAUACAAAAUCUGGAAAAAGAACUCGCCAUUCCUCUACGACUUGGUCGUCACCCAUGCGCUCGAAUGGCCGACACUCACUACCCAGUGGUUUCCAGACAAAGACACAACCUCCACAAAGGGCUAUUCGACACAUCGAAUCUUGCUCGGCACACACACCUCGGGCCAAGAUCAAAAUUACCUGCAGAUCGCCCAGGUGCAGCUUCCGCUGGCGAACGAGGAGCUCGACCAGGCCAAAUACGAUGAUGACAAAGGAGAGAUCGGCAGCUAUGGCGGGACGCAAGCGCGCGUCAAGAUCAUCCAGCGCAUCAACCACGACGGCGAGAUCAACCGCGCACGCUACUGCCCGCAAAACCCGGACCUGAUCGCGACGCGCUCCUUGACGGGCGCGACAUGGAUCUUCGACCGGACAAAGCACAGUAGCAACCCCGCGCCGGACGGCAAGUGCCGGCCGGAUAUCAUCCUGACGGGACAGAAGAAAGAAGGGUAUGGCCUCGCAUGGAAUGUCAAGAAGCAGGGCGAGAUCAUCGCCGCGAGCGAGGACACAACGGUCGCGUGGUGGGAUAUCAACAAGUAUCAAAAGGGCAACAGCACUCUGGAGCCGCUGGCCAAGUUCAAAGGUCAUUCGGCCAUUGUUGAGGACUGUGCAUGGCACAACUUUUCGCAAACGCUCUUUGUCUCGGUGGGCGACGAUCGACAGAUGCUCGUGUGGGACACGCGAGAAACGCCUGAGAAGCCUAAGCACCGCGUCGAGGCGCACACAGGCGAGGUGAACGCGGUGGCGUUCAGCCCCGCCAACGAGUACAUCCUUUGCACGGGCUCCUCGGACAAGACGGUGCGGCUGUGGGACCUGCGCAACCUCAAGAACCCGCUGCACGCGCUCGAGGGCCACACGGAUGAGAUCCUUAGCUUGGCCUUCUCGCCAACGAACGAGACGGUCCUCGCGAGCGCCAGUGCGGAUCGGAGGGUGAAUAUUUGGGAUCUGAGCUUGAUCGGGGCGGAGCAAACACCCGACGACGCCGAAGACGGACCGCCCGAGUUGCUUUUCCAGCAUGGUGGUCACACGGCUCGGCCGACUGACAUCUGCUGGUCGCCGCACGACCCGUGGCACAUGGUCACCGCAGCGGAGGACAACGUCGUCCAGAUCUGGCGGCCAAGCCGGGCCAUCACGGAGGAAGGGGACAUCGAGAAGGUCGAGCUAGAGUGAUACGCCACUCGGUGUAUAUCUGCAGCAUAUCGCUUACUGUGGACUUAAACGGGAAUGAAGGAGGGACCCCUUGCACAUGUGUUUCCGAGCAGAUCGCAUCGGCUUGUCC